AUGGCUGCUAAAACUCCAAGGAAGGGAUCUCCAAGCAAGAAAGGUGCCAAGAGAGGGCGCAGACCCGCACAAAAGCGCCGAAGGAGGAGGAGGGAAUCCUAUGGCAUCUACAUCUACAAAGUCUUGAAGCAGGUGCACCCCGACACUGGCAUUUCCAGCAGAGGAAUGAGCAUCAUGAACAGCUUCGUCAACGAUGUGUUCGAGCGUAUUGCCGGUGAAGCCUCCCGUCUCGCUCAGUACAACAGACGUUCUACCAUCUCUAGCAGAGAAGUCCAGACUGCUGUUCGUCUCUUGUUGCCCGGUGAGCUCGCUAAGCACGCCGUCAGCGAAGGUACAAAAGCUGUCACCAAAUACACCAGCUCUCGA